AUGCCGCCCCCACGCGCCGCCGCGCCGCACCUCCUGCUCCUCCUCGCACUCGUCGCGCUGUCGUCUGCCCCGUCCCGCGUCCAGGCCGCGCCCGUCUCCCUCACGGACGCCACGUUCGACCACGCCACCAGCACGAACGUCUGGUUCAUCAAGUUCUACGCGCCCUGGUGCAGCCAUUGCAAGCAGCUCGCGCCCACAAUCGCCGCGCUGGCCGCCGCCCCCGCGCUCCACGACACGAACGUGCGCGUGGCGACCGUCGACUGCACCGCCGAGCGCAGCGUCUGCGCGCGCUUCAGCGUCGGCUCGUACCCGACGCUCAAAGUCGUGGCACAGGGCCACGCGUACGACUACAGCGGCCGGCGCGACGUGCCGACAAUGGCUACCUUUGCGCUCGGGGGCUACAAGACCACGUUUGGCGAGCCCGUGGUGAGCGACGAGGAGCACGUGGCGCAGCGCGCGGCGGCCGCGGCCGAGCAGCAGGAGAACGAGCGCCAGAGCGCCGUCGUGCCGCUCACGACGGCCUCGUUCGAGCGCGACGUGCUGGCGAGCCACGAGCCGUGGCUGAUCAAGUUCUACGCGCCCUGGUGCGGCCACUGCAAGCGCCUGGCGCCCACGUGGAACAAGCUGAGCCGCACGCUGCAGGAGCGCGGCAGCCGCACGCGCGUGGCCAAAGUGGACUGCACCGUGCACCGCCGCGUGUGCUCGCGCUUUGGCGUGCACGGCUACCCCUCGCUCGUGUACAUUAACGACGGCCACGUGUACCGGUACAAGGGCGGGCGGUCGCUGGCUGCGUUUGUGGACUUUGUCGAGAGCGGCUGGGAGACGGCCGAGUCCACAGGCCCAGUGCCGGACGAGGGCUUUUUCUCCAAGAUCGUCGACACGGUCAUUGAGUGGGCGACGGAGCACACGGUGCUGGCGGUGCUGGCGUGUAUUCUCGUAGUCGCGAUUGUCGUGGCGAUCUUGGUCGCGCUGCUGGACUACUGGCUCGGGGCCGACGACGUGGCGCAGUACAAGCGGGUGCUGGACGAGAAAGAAGCGGGCGAGACGCAGGACGGAGAAGAGGAGGAAGAGGAGGAACUGCCGCCGCGCACGCCGUCUGCAGCAGAGGCCAAGAAGUCUGGCCAGAAGCCAAAGGGCGAGUAA